AUGAUUAGUUUCUCUUCGCCAGUUUUACCUGACUCUUGGAUGAAUUCAAAUAUGCUUCUUCUAAGUCUAAUUGCUCCACCAGAAAAUUUGAGUCCCGAAUAUUUCGGUUCCCUUUUAACCCAGUAUGGAUAGGUCAGUUAAGUGACAAUUUUAAACAAAUCCUUAAUGGACUACAAAGUAUUAGUUGAGAUGGGAACCCCAGAGGCUGCGAAAUCAGCUAAGUCAUUUCUUGAUUAAUUAUCUUCGAACUUUAUCAAAUGUUCGUUUUAUUCGGAUGAGAAGCCUCCUCAAUCAGGUUCCUUAAACAAUUGCUCGCUCGAUCUUAUAAAUGAUUCUACCAUGAGUAGUUUACGAAAUCGUCAUUCUACAUCUCUAAAUGAAAUUGUCCAAGAAGAUGAUAAACAACAGCCUUCAAGCAAAAGGAAAAUCAAUUCUUCUACCACUCUUCAACACACAACAACAUUAUGUUUGAAUGGAAUCAAAGGAAAGAACUUAGACGCUUAAAAACUGUAUAAUAUCUUUAGUAAUUUCGGAAACAUUGACAAAAUCUUAUUCAUUAAGUAUAAUCCAGAAUAAACUAGGUUAAAAAAUUUCGCACUCAUUAAAUACCUAAAAGAAGAAUACUCAAUAUUCGUUUUUGAAAACUGUUAAAAACUGUAAUUCUUCGAUAGCACUAUUUCUAUUUCUUUCGUUGCAGAAGAUGCUAUUGAAAAACUUUUAAGUCUUGACACACUCUACAAUGAGCAAGAUUAUUAUGUUGGUUCACAAGAAACAGACAGAUUCAAUUCUAGCAAUAAAAUGAAUUUGUUACCACCAAGUUAAGUCUUACACGUCUCCAAUCUUAAAAAGGUGUCAUCAAAUGCUGAAACUAUGUGGGAUGUCUUUUCUGAAUUCGGUAUAGUCGAGGCAGUCAAAGUUCUUAAUACUUAGUUCAAAUUUAUGUGUUUAGUCAAGAUGGAAAAUCUUAAGUAGGCUUUGGAAGUGAUGGCUUUAAUGCAUAAUGAAGAGGUUGACAAUAGAAAUGUCUAGAUCUCAUUCACUAAGGCCAGAAUUUGAUUAUAAUGAAGAAACAUAAUGUUUAUUUUAUAAUUAUUCAAUUAAAUAACAUAUCAAA